UAUUCACUUCAAAAAGAGAUUUGAAUUUUUUUCUCUGUUCUUUGAACACAAGAAAAUUUUGUAGAUUUUUGUUCACACGUUCAUACUAGUUCUGGCAUGGAAAACUUAUCGGACAGUUUAGAGGUGGGAGACGUUGCUUACUCAGUACAAGAACGUGUAGACCUGAAGACACUAAGUAUAGAGAUGGUUAGGUUGAAGACCACUCAGGAGAACAUGAUGAAGGAGAUGGACGGGUUGAGGAUGGAGGUGAGCAGGAUGAACGAGAUCAAGAUGAACCUGUUCAAAUUGGAAAAGGAGAUGACACAGAAGGAGGAACUCUAUCAGGAAAUAAAGGAAUGUGUUUUGACCUUGUUGGAGCACUGGGAGAACUUGACCUCAUUCUUCAUGGACAAAAUUCAGGUUGCUGCGAAGCUCCACAAGGAGGAGAGUAAGACAGAGAUGUCGAUGAAGACGGAUAGUUUGAUGCAUCUCAUGGAGAUCAAGAUCCAGGAAAUUAACAAGAAUUUAGUUGAGCUCCUUGAAACCAGGAUUAAGUCUAGAAACCAGGAUCUUUACCAGGAAUUUAAAAAAUCAGAAUUCAAUAUGAGAUGUGAGUUGGGUAGAAUGCACAAUAUUAUUAACAACUUGUCACACUCUGCCGCAAUUCAGGCCUCUGGAAAUAUUAAGCAUCCUGGUUUAAACUACUGGAUGCCAUGCCAUUGGAGACAGCAAACUCACGUACCAGAGACAAAAAUAAAGGAGGUUGAAGUACCCCAGGAGGAUGCUAGGAAACAGGAACUCGAGAACAUCCAGCAGGAGGGUUCCAGCAAACAGGAGGGUUAUGUGGAACAGGAGACCAAGGAAUCCAGGGAUUUCUCAGUUUAUAUCAGCAAAAGAAACAAAAGUUUGAGUGAGAGCUGCUCUUUGAAUGUUGCUGCUCCAAUCUUCAUUCCUAAUACAGCUAAUAUAUCUGCUAACAGUUCGGUUAACAUAUCUGCUAAUGUAUCUUCUGCCAUAUCUGCCAACGCAUCUACUAACAGUUCGGUUAACACAUCUGCUGCAUUUGCCGACAUAUCUUCCGACUUAUCUGCUGCUGACAUAUCUGCUACAAACACAUUUGAUGAGAUACAAAAGGACAAUACUUACAACGCAGAUCAAAGAACAUUGCUAUCUCCCCUGAGACUGAGAUGGCAUUAUGACGACUAUAAUGAAGAUGAUGAAUUGAAAGAUGAUCAUGAAGUGGAAGAUGAUCAUGAAGUAGAAGAUUCUGAAGAGUAUGAGUCUGAUAGAGAAGAAGUUGAUGACUUUCCAGAACUUUCCUCUAAUUUAUCCAGUCAACUUUCACACCAGACAGAGUCAAAGGUUCAAGAUACAUCUGCAGUGAACCAACCAGGCAUCAUUCAUCGUUAUCAACUUCCUAACACACCAGUGUUCCAGUUUCCCAACAGUCAUAUGCCGCCUGGAUUUCACACUCCUAUCCUGCCCAGUUUUCAAGCUAUCAACAUGCACGGCAUGCAUGUACCUAACAUGCAAGGUGUCUCUCCUGAAGCCCACCAUCUCGCCAAUCUUCAGAUGCAAGGAUAUCCAUUCUUCUUCAAUCCUCUACGACAUUUUCAAUAAUUUAGACAUUUAUGAACAAAGUGGUUAUAUACAGAUUUCAGAUGCAAGGAUAUCCAUUCUUCUUCAAUCCUCCACUACAUUUUCAAUAUUUUAGACAUUCAUGAUUAAAGUGGUCAACUACAGAUGCAAAGAUAUCCAUUCUUCUUCAAUCCUCUACUACAUUUUCUUUAUUUAGACAUUCGUGAUUAAAGUGGUUACAUACAGAUGCAAGGAUAUCCAUUCUUCUUCAAUCCUCUACUACAUUUCCAAUAUUUAGACAUUUAUGAUUAAAGGGAUAUGGAAGCCUGGAUGUCAAUUCUUAUUUUGACCUCGACCACAUUUUUCUCAACUAAUUAAAUUAAAAUGAAUAUGAUAGCUUCAUAGAAAGGAUGAAGAAAUAGUUCCAUCAAUAUUGUAACUUUUUUAUGUGCCCGAAACUCUAAAUUAUGGUGGUGAAUUGUGAUAAAAUAUAGCACUUCAGAAUGUUUUUAGAAUUUUAAGAAGUAAAAAAUGUCUGUUCU